AGAUCAGAUCUUUGAAUGUCAUGAAGAGGUUCGUUCAGGAGCCCCAAGUCCGGCCAGAGGAGCAAGUGCUUAUCAACUGCCGAGACAUCACUAGCAGAAAGGAUGCCUUGGAAAUACAGGAGUUCAUCAUUGAAAUGUUUGUCAAGAAGCUUCUCCGACACCCGGCCUUUCAGCUGCUGCUGACCCUACUGCUGGUGGUCAACGCCAUCACCAUCGCACUCCGCACCAACUCCUUCCUUGGCCAGAAAUAUUAUGAGAUCUUCUCUAUCACAGAUGACAUUGUGUUGACCAUCCUUAUCUGUGAGGUUCUCCUUGGCUGGUUAAAUGGCUUCUGGAUUUUCUGGAAGGAUGGCUGGAACAUCUUCAACUUCCUUAUCAUGUUUAUCUUGUUCCUGGGGUUCUUCAUUAAUGAACUCAAAGCCAUCUCUAUCACCUAUACACUCAGGGUCCUUCGUCUCGUGCAUUUGUGCAUGGCGGUGGAGCCCCUGGCCCGGAUCAUCCGCGUCAUCCUGCAGUCGGUGCCUGGCAUGGCCAAUAUCCUAGCCCUCAUCCUCUUCUUCAUGCUGGUGUUCUCCGUGUUUGGGGUCACUCUCUUUGGUGCAUUCGUGCCCAGGCAUUUCCAGAACAUGCCGGUUGCCCUGUAUACCCUCUUCAUCUGCAUCACCCAGGAUGGAUGGGUGGACAUCUACAGCGACUUUCAGAUGGAAACCAGGGACUACGUCAUGGAGGUUGCCGGUGCCCUCUAUUUUGCCACCUUCAUCACCAUUGGUGCCUUCAUUGGCAUCAACCUGUUGGUCGUCGUGGUGACCACAAACCUGGAGCAAAUAAUGAGAACAGGAGAGCAAGGGCAACGGAAUCAAAUAAGAUUCAUCGAGAGGGUCAACGAGGAGGAGUAUGGAAAUAAGGACCUGCCACUGGUGCACUGUAAUGUGGCCCGUUUGGAGAUGUCUGGUCUUCCCCAGGAGCCCCUUGUGGGGGGUCCCAUGUCGAACCUCACUGAAAACGCAUGCGACAACUUUUGCUUGGUGCUGGAGGCAAUACAGGAGAACUUGAUGCAGUACAAAGAGAUCCGAGAUGAGCUCAACAUGAUAGUGGAGGAGGUACACUCCAUCCGCUUCAACCAGGAGCAGCAGGAGGAGCUGUUGCAAAGGCACAAGUCCAAGACCCAGUCGAUGGAGAGCAAGCCGUCCGUGGACAUCCAUGAGAUUACUAGCCAGCAAGACUUGAUCACUGCGCUCGUCAACAGGGAAAAGGUUCAGGAAUCUAACACAAAUGUACUUAAAAAGUACAAGAGCAAGAGCAGCCGCUGA